GGUGGCCUUGGUUUUAGUGAUUUUUUAUUCAGAUGUUUGGUUAGAAGCUGCUGCUGUUACUUUGGGACCUGUAUAUGUGGAUGCUGCCACCAGUAUGGAUGUUCUUUAUCAUGACAUGCAGGUUAUACAACACAAGUUCUUGAAACUUCAUGACGAGAAAACCAAACGUUUAUGGUUCCUUUGGCCUCAAGAAUUAACUAAAGUGUCAGCUCAAGUUUUUGGCAAAUGUGGGUGUGUUGGUGGCUGUGCAUUCUUCGGAACAAACAGGAAUGGUCCUUACUUCUUUAAACCCAGCAGACAAGAUUUCUCAGGCGGAUAUAAUGUUGCUCAGUUACGGGUAAAUGAGCCAUCAGAAGAUCCUGGGUAUGGUCAAAGCAUCCUGCAAGAGGGCCAGUCAGUAUUUCAUUUAGGAGCAUAUUCAGAACUCUCUCAUUCCCAUUAUGACUCUCAUUCUGGUACGAGUAAAGAUCGAUGUGCUCUUAGUUCUGGUUAUAUAAAGAGUGCAUCUCCUGCGACCCCAGCUGAUUUCAUGAGAGCCAGUAGUUCCCUUCAUCAUGGUACAAAUCUCCAUGCCUCAGAUAAACUUAAUCCUCGUCAUAAUUAUCAGAGAGAAGUCUCGGUCACCAGUCAUGACUCAGAUCCCCUUGUUAUGGAGUCGGAGGUGAGAGGUACUGCAGGGCCCAUGGAUCCAAAUACUCUUCGAAGUGUUGGUAAAGAUGUGGUGCUAGGAGUUCCAGGUACUGCAGAUAAUCUCUCAACCCCAGGAAGUCUGUCAGACUUGAGACGAUCAGUGGAUAAUGUUAGCUCUACUAGACAAAGCAAAAUGCCAUCGAGUCUCUCACUACAAACAGAGCUUCCUCUCCAUGCCUCUAACAACCAUAGAUUAUCAGUGACUGGAAUGCGUGAAUCCAAUUCAAGACAGAGUCUUUCUAGUCAACACAGUCUUUUAACAAGUGUGCAGAGAACAGUUUCAGUUGGAAGUGAAACACAGUCUGAGGCAUUCUUUUCUGCUGAUGAAGAUCAGAUGACCAUAAUUGGUAAUGGGGAUGGCAGUCUGUCAAGGGUUUCAUCACAACAGUCACUACCUGUUGUACCAGAGGAUCAACAACAGAUGACCCCCUGCAAUGAAUUUAUCCCAAGUGAAGCUUUUUCUUCUUCACCACAUCAUGAUCAGUCUUAUAUUGCUGUUGGCUAUCCCGAACGCCAUGGUGCUGAGGAUAGCCAUAAGAAUGCACAUUCAAGAAGUCGCAGUAGAAAUAGCAGCAGUAGCAGCACUCAGAGUAAUAGCAGUUGCAGCAGUAGUGGCCACAGUGCUAGCCUAGAUCACAGUCAAGCCUCACUGCUGCACUCAGGAGCAUAUGACUCUUCCAGGACUUCUGAAAAUGAACACCUCUUGAGAUCCAAGAAGAAAAGGGUACAGCCUGCCGUUGAUUGUAGUGGUGAUAGCAGCUCGGAAGUUGUUAGUGUGUCCAGCACUUCUUUCAUUUCUGCAGUUUCAUCCCAGGAAGAUAUAGCUCUUGUUGAUCUUCAUAUGCAACUCAACAAACCUAUUACAGACUCUCCAUUACUGAUGUCCUCAUAUGUAAAUCAUAUGACCCAGCUUCGAUGUCUAAAUUGGGAAGCUGCUGUUCCAAGUUUUAGUGCCUGUAACUGCAGUGCUGCAGAUUGCCACACACCUGUCUUUGAGAAAAUUAGUGAAGGAUACACUGCUAUAAGAAUGGUUGAAGGUAAUAGGCAAGUUCCUCCUCGAUCCCCACAACCAACAUCUGGGCGCACUCCAUCUCAUCCAUACACAUGGGAUACUCCAGUUUUCACUUGGGGUGAAACGCAAGAAGAGUCAGGUCAUGAUGACUCACAGGAAAUGGUUGGUGUUUGUGAUGCCAACACUACCCGGACUACUGUAGUUGUCAAGCUCAAGAAAGAUGUUGAUAUAAUGUUGUCACCUAUGGCCCUUGAGUCCACACAACUCUUCAUUGAGGCUUUAACACCUGUAUUGGAGACACUUCAUCCACUCUCCAUUGUAAAUGCAGCCCAUAUGCGUUCAUUGUCUGCUGUUGCUGGUCAAAAUACUCUAAAGAAGGAACGCUACAUGUAUUGGUCACGUCUUCGGGACAAAAAAGUUGCUGGCACACCAGAGCAGUCAGCAGUAUUAAGUACCACUUACCAAGAAAGCUGCUUUCAGCAGAUGCAAGGACAGGUUACCAUGCCAAGAAUAAAUAUUACAUUACUGCAAGCAUCAGUUGUUGAAGAAGUAAUAUCCUUCUCUGCUCUCGAUAACAUCAGAGACUUAACUUGUGUUUCGCUCUUUUCUGUUUGCCUGGAUAAUGUCAGUCUGCAGUUUUAUUCAGGUCAUCAGUCAAAAAAAUCUGUCCAGAUGUAUAUGAGAAAUCCACAUGAUCCUGUAAUGCAAAAGAAGAGCAAAUCAAAAGCAAGGCAUACGGUUGACAUCCUAGCAGAGCCUGUAUAUGUUGAAACCUCAGAACGACAGCAAGAAGAGAAUAUGGUGUCUGUAGAUGUCAACAAGAUGCAUGUGCAGCUACGCCGUCUCAAGAAUGAAAGUGUCCUUUUGAAAGAUGCCAGUAUAACUGCAAUACCAAACCAUAGAUCCAAGGUACUUUUUACAUUUAAACGAUGUCCAAGAGGAGGAGGUGAUGAUGGAGAGGGAAGUGGUGCAGCUGGAACUCCUGUCAUGGAGGAUGAUCGAAUGGGUUUCAUUAUGUUUGAAGCUGGUUUAGAAAACGUUGCACUAAGGGCUGUAAAACGAAAAGGCUUUGGUCAGCAAGGUGAAGGGACUGUUCGGCAUGAUGGAGUUGGAACUACUAGUGGUCCAGCACCUUCAGCAGGGAGUGGGCCAGUUCCAAGUAGUAGCUCAGCUCCAGGCACAGCCACUAUUGAUCCGACAAAGAUUGGAUCUGAAUCACGAAGAGAUCACUCAGAACGGAUGUGUUCUGCAUCAGUUUCACAAGUUUCUAACAUGUCUAGUCACUCCGGUGCUCCUCAUUCAAAUUCUUCUGCUAAUAAUAGUAUCAAGGACCUUCCUGUUAUACAGACAAAGAGUGACAAAAGGGAUAUUACAUCUUUUAUGGUGGAACUGAGAACAGUGUGGUUUAACUUUGCAGCACCUCCCCAUGCACCUUUCACAAGAAAAAUUGAUUAUACUCGGUUGGACUGGAACUUGCUUAGCACAGCAUCUCCCUCCAUCAAUGCAUGGAUGAAUCCAAGUGAUCGAUUAACUGUAGCAGUCAUUCAGUUCCUUCAUGCAUCUGAAAGUCGACGGCUUGGAGUGAUGGCAUCACUUAUGGCAGAGGCUUUGGAUGUGCAAAGUAUCCAUGUGCCUGUUAAGAAUAAGUACCUGAAAUUAAUGCCCUUGAGUCAGACUCUACAAGAGGAUCCUUCGUGUCAGCUUUGUACAGUUUUACGCCGUUAUGUAUUGCAAUCAUCCCCUCGCACCAUUGAAAGUAAUCUCACUGCUCCGCAUUUACCAAAGUUAGCUACCUUAAGACAGGGCGUUGUAGUGCUUAGCCGACAGUGGAAAAAUGCACUUUAUAUGCCUCUCUUGAUGGAGCAGACCUUCAGAAAUAAGCAAGCAAGACCUGCAUACAACUACAGGCCACCAACUGCUCCAGAGGGGAGAACAUCGCCAAAGUUUGAUCCAACUUUAAUAGCAACAGAAGUAACGGAUGAAAAAACAACUCUCCUAGAGGCUGAAGGGGGAUCUCUUCACUCUCGUCAUGGAUUAGAUGACAGUUGCACCAAUGGAGGUGAAGAUGUAACAGAAGGGAUUAUGAGCUCUAAUUCUACCCAGCUUCCACCACGACGUUCCCUUCCAUCAUAUCCUCCACGUUCAUCAAGAGCCUCUGUCAUACUUCCCAUCUUCAACUCUGCUUUUGAGUCUCCUGCAAGAUUCCAGUUUCCAAAACUGGCUGGAAACUUGGGAGGUCAUUUGGCUUUUCUUCGUGGCAGCCACCAACAUCGAGGUGGUCGUGGAGAAGAAAGAAGCAGAGGUAGUAGAAGCUCAGGCUCUGAUCAUGUAUCAUCAUCAAGUCUAGAGGGUGGUGGUGGAUCUGCUAUUGGAACACCAGGCCGAGCACCUGGAAUUGGUUGUGAGAAGGAUCAUGAUGACUUGUAUAAUUGGAUGGUACGACAGCAGGAAUACACUCAUGCAGCAGAUGCAACUAGACCUACAGUAACUUUUCCUCAGGAGGGUAGUGGUCUACAUCCAGUUAGUGAGUGUGGGAGUGAGAAGCGAGAGCAUCUCCCUAUCAGAGAUUCUACCGUUGUUCCAGAACCACAGGGUGCCCAGUUUUUGGAGGCUCAUGUAAUAUUUGAGCCAUUAUUAUCAGCAAUUGGAGUUAUAACUCAACAGGUCACUGGAGGAGCCCUUGAACAGCUGGGAGCUAAUGUGUCAAUUACUGGAAGUGUGGAGAUUUUGCGAGUAGACAUUAUUGAAUCGGAGGCAUCUAAGCUGAACCGAAAGAAAAGGAAAACUGGACUUCAUGCAGGCAAAUUCUUCCUUGAUAUUGGCAGUGAAGUCCCUGCUUUCCUUUGUGAGCGAGUAGGACUUGAAAUUGAUGUCAGUAAAGUAGCAGAUGAUUCGAGAGAGUGGGUUAGUCAGCAGCCAACCUUAUUUGUUUCUCGCAGUGCCCUUAAGCAACAUACAUCCACUAUGGUUCACUUCUCUCUCAACAUAAAUUACAUUGCUCAGCAAGUCAACAUGCCACUGCUCCGCCUGUUGCACCAAAUAAGUUCAAUGUAUCAAAACGCAAGAGAGACUCAAAUUGGUUUGCGUGAACAACGUCCCACAAGAACCAAGGAAACAAAUCUACAAAAUCACCACAAAGAUGGGUCUUACUCAGAGCUACAUGAAGGGGAGUACAAGGGUGCAGAAUACAGUAUCAGCAUCAGUGAAGAGCAAGCAACUGUUUCUUCUUUGGCUGGAAUAAAAGGUCCCCGAGGCUCAGUAGUGUCAUCUCUCUCUGCUCGAAUGUCACCGCCACCACCUUCCUCCCGCACCACACGGCCUCAGAGUUUUGCUCAACGUCUGAGGUCUUCAACAAAAAUGAAUAAAGGAUACACAAAUCUUGGUGCAGAGAGGGGAACUGGCAGCCCCUUGUUUUAGAUAUUAGCGUAAGUGGCUCAGGACUUGAAGGAGCAACUAUAUGCUCUUCAGACAAAUCACCACUUCUGGGUCCUGCAGAAGCUCCAGAACCACAGA